AUGUCCCAGGAGCGGCCUGAACCGCCUUCGGGAGCGGACUCUCCAGAAGAGCUCGUUGCCCACGUUACUAACAACCCGUCCGACUGGCUAUUAUACUUGUGCCAUAUCAAUGGCUACGUUAAAGAAAUUACCUAUCUCGAGGUUAAGAAACUCCGCCUGCUCGACGCCGCCACGCCUGCUAUACAGACUCCCCGACCCGUCUCUGCCGCUACCCCGAGUCCCCCGGCUGAGCAGCCUGCAGAUUCUGUACCGGGAUCAACUGUGCUUGCUCUUCCUGUCCAUUCUGGAUCUUCCCAUCUCAGUGAAAAGAUCCUUGACCUAAAAGAAUUUGAUGGCUCUCGAAGCGACCUUCGCCGGUUCACACAACAGAUCUAUGGCAAGAUAACCGCCAACGCUGACCGAUUCCCGACCGUUACUGCCCGGCUGACCUAUGUUGCUGGACGUCUGACCGGGAAAGCCUACGAAUUGAUCCUGCCGAAGACCCGCUACGGAGUUCCCAACUUCCUCGAUUACCUGGAAAUGCUUGCCUACCUAGAGAACGCCUUUGGAGACCCUGACCGUAUUCAGAAUGCCCAGAAUAAGCUAUACCAGCUGAAGCAGAGGAACCAGGACUUCAGCACCUUUUUCUCCGAAUUUUAA